AUGACGCACAAAAUCAGCUCUCAGUCUAUUUCUAGUAUAAGCUUGCAUAAUAGCUUACCGUUAUUCUUCCGCAUUUACUUCAUAUGGUUCGGUUUUUAUCCAUUUCUCAUAAACGCAUACUACUUUGAAUAUGAUAAAUACCUACAAUCGGAGGAAUACACAUUUAUGGCUUGUUUAUUCGUUUUCGGUGGGCAGGCACUCUCUUGGUUGGGUGGUAGAUGGGGUAUGGGCUGGCGUACCCUCACAGAAUGCACCAACGCACGCUCUCUUCAGACCGCUUCGUUAGUACGCGUCAACCCUAUAGAGCACCGUGGAGAAGCUGAACUCGUCAAGCUCGACAACAAAGCCGGCGUUUACAGCUUCAUCUAUCAAUCUGACAAGUACGUCUUCAAUGGCGAAGAAUUUACCCGUUUACCCUUCCCUUGCGACACCAAGCCACAAUUGAAGUCAUUUAAACACUCCGCGGGUUUGUCCAGUGGUGAUGUAGAUACCUUGGUUGAGAAAUAUGGCAAAAAUAUCUACAACAUCCCGGUACCUACAUUUAUGAGCUUGUUCGCCGAGCACGCAGUAGCGCCUUUCUUCGUCUUCCAGAUGUUUUGCGUUGCACUUUGGUGCAUGGACGAGUACUUCUGGUAUUCCCUCUUCACCGGCUUCAUGUUGGUAGUCUUUGAAUGCACCGUCGUUUGGCAGCGUCUUCGUACCCUUAACGAAUUCAGAACAAUGUCAAUUACGCCCUACACCAUGCCAGUAUACAGAAAUGGUAACUGGUCUGAUCUCAUCUCAGACGAACUCGUUCCUGGCGACAUCGUUUCGAUCGAUCGUACAGGAGAGAACUUGGCUUUACCAUGCGACUUACUCAUGUUAAGAGGCUCAGCUAUUGUUAACGAAGCAAUGUUGUCUGGUGAAUCUACACCAUUACUCAAGGAAUCAAUAGAAGCUAGAGGUGACGAGGAAGUAUCUGAUGUAGACGGAAACGAUCGUAAUCUUCAUGUUUUAUUCGGUGGUACAAAAGUUCUUCAAACUAACCCACCAUCUCCAGAAGAUGUUGCUGCUCACGAUGGUCUACUCACUCCUGAUGGUAAGGCCUUAGCUAUCGUUCUCAAGACUGGUUUCGGUACCUCCCAAGGCCAACUCAUUCGCACAAUGUUGUUCUCAUCUGAAAAAGUUUCAGCUAACAACUUUGAGAGCUUCUUGUUUAUUGGUUUCUUGUUGAUUUUCGCCAUCGCCGCAUCAGCAUAUGUAUGGAUUAAAGGAAACGAACGUGGUCUCAAGAAAAGCAAGUUAAUUCUUGACUGUAUUCUCAUCAUAACUUCAGUCGUACCACCUGAAUUACCAAUGGAAUUGUCAUUAGCUGUUAACGCCUCACUCGUCGCUCUCUCAAAGUUCGCCAUAUUCUGCACCGAACCAUUCAGAAUUCCAUUCGCAGGUCGUGUAGAUGUAUGUUGCUUCGAUAAGACUGGUACAAUCACAGGUGAAGAUUUGGUAGUUGAAGGUGUAGCUGGUAUCGCUUCAAACCCUAGAGAUUUGAUGCCAUUACAAGUAACACCAAAAGAAACCACUCUCACUUUAGCAUCCUCCCAUGCGCUUGUCUUACUCGAUGAAGGUGACGUUGUCGGUGAUCCAAUGGAAAAGACUACUCUUGAAGCUUUAGAUUGGAAACUUGGUAAGGGUGAUACAGUAGCUCCUGCAAAUAAGACAUCUAAACAUAAGCACAUUAUCAAUAUUAGAAGGAAAUUCCAAUUCAGCUCAGCUUUGAAGAGAAUGUCUACCGUCAGCAAUAUUGUCGAUGGUCAAGGUCAAAAACGCACUUUCGUUAGUGUCAAAGGUGCACCUGAAACUAUCAAAAACAUGCUUAAGGAUUUACCGGAAGGUUAUGAGGAAACUUACAAAUGGUUUACUAGAAAGGGUAGCCGUGUCCUUGCUUUAGCAUGGAAAGACAUCAAGGCUAACAAUACAGAGAUUCCAAACCUUCAUCGUAAUGAUGUAGAAUCUGAUCUUCACUUUGCUGGUUUCUUGGUUUUCCACUGUCCACUCAAGCCUGACGCCGUAGCAACACUCAAGAUGCUUAAUGAUUCUUCACACAGAUGUAUUAUGAUUACAGGUGAUAACCCACUCACAGCUCUCCACGUUGCAAAUGAUGUUGAAAUUGUUGACAGAGAUGCACUCAUUCUUGACGUCGCUGAGGAUGCAAAAGAUGAAACUGAUUUGGUGUUUAGAUCUGUUGACGAAAAGACCAUUAUACCGAUCGAUCCAACUAAACCUAUCGAUAAAACAAUUUUGAGAGAUCAUGAUAUCUGUAUGACAGGUGCUGCACUCCGUCAAAUCGAAAAGAAUACCGAAAACUGGCAUGCACUUAUUCAACACACCUGGGUAUACGCUAGAGUCAGUCCAACUCAAAAGGAAACCAUUCUUACUACAUUCAAAACAUUGGGAUACACUACAUUAAUGGCUGGUGACGGUACAAACGACGUCGGUGCACUCAAACAAGCCAGAAUCGGUGUCGCCUUAUUACAAGGAACAGAAGAUGAUCUUAGGAAGAUUGCCGAGCAUGCAAAAAUUGAAAGAUUCAAGAAGGUAUAUGAACAACAAUUGAAAUUCUCCCAAAGAUUCAAUCAACCACCACCACCGGUUCCUAAGGCAAUCGCACACUUGUAUCCAGAUAUGGUUGAAGCCCAAAGAACGGCGGCUGCUCAGCACUCAGUUAGCAGACAAACUCAAACCCAACCACAGCAAUUCAAUAUGUCUGCAAUUACUGAGAAGAUGGCUGAUAUGGAAGAUGAUAACGAGCCACCACAAAUUAAAUUGGGUGACGCAAGCUGUGCAGCACCAUUUACUAGCAAAUUGUCAAACGUUAGCGCUAUUGCUAAUAUCAUCAGACAAGGUAGAUGUACUUUGGUUGCUACCACCCAGAUGUACAAAAUUUUGGCUUUGAAUUGCUUAAUUACGGCUUAUACUCUUUCAGUACAAUAUCUCGAUGGUAUCAAAGCUGGUGAUUAUCAACUGACUAUCUCUGGUAUGUUGAUGUCUGUUUGUUUCCUCUGUAUUUCAAAAGCAAAGCCAAUUGAAAAACUCUCAAAGGAGAGACCUCUGACAAAUAUUUUCAACUUCUACAUCCUCCUUUCAGUAUUGCUCCAGUUUGCUAUCCACAUUUUCUUCAUGGUUUAUAUCACUGACCUUUCAAACACCUUGGAGGAUCGUGGACCAAUUGACCUUGAUGCAGAGUUCAAGCCAUCAUUACUCAAUACAGCUAUCUACCUCCUUGGUUUAUCACAACAAGUCAGCACAUUCGCAAUCAACUAUCAAGGUAGACCAUUCAGAGAGUCAUUGAGAGAAAAUCCACCUUUGAUGUAUGGAUUGAUGGGUGCAAGCGCUGUCUCCUUCUGUGGUGCCACGGACUUCUUACCUGAAUUGAACAGAUGGUUACAAAUUGUUGAAAUGAGUUACGGAUUCCAAUUCAAGCUUUGUGGAUCGAUGAUUCUUGACUUUGUAUUAUGUUACGCGGUUGAGAUCGGUUGCAAAAACUUAUUCGCAAACCUUAAUCCGCCUGAGUUAGUAACCAGAGGAUCGGAAAGAAGGGAAAAGCGUAGAGAAAAUAAGAAAUUAGAAUAA